AUGACGACCACUACUAUCAACGGCUCCGGGCAGCUUGGCCGGUUCAGCAAGCAAGAUUCCAAAGACAUCGACGUAGUUCUGCGCCAGUUCCGCUGCCUGAUCGCAGAUCUUUGCCAGCAGUUCAACGGUGGUCACCCGGGGAGUGCUAUGGGCAUGGCUGGCAUCGGCAUCGCACUCUGGAAGUAUGUCAUGGACUAUUCUCCCAGCAACCCCGAGUACUUCAACCGAGACCGCUUCGUCCUAUCCAACGGCCACACCUGCCUCUUCCAGUACUCGUUCCUGCACCUGACCGGCUACAAGGCCAUGACCAUGGACCAGCUCAGAUCCUACCACUCCGCGCGCUACGACUCCUUCUGCCCCGGCCACCCGGAGAUCGAGCACGAGGGCAUCGAGGUGACCACAGGCCCUCUGGGUCAAGGCAUCGCCAACGCCGUCGGUCUGGCCAUGGCCACCAAGAACCUGGCUGCCACGUACAACCGGCCCGGCUACGACCUGAUCAAUAAUACGACAUGGUGCAUGAUCGGCGACGCCUGUCUGCAAGAGGGUGUGGCGCUCGAGGCCAUCCAGCUCGCCGGGCACUGGAAGCUCAACAACCUCGUCGUCAUCUACGACAACAACCAGGUCACCUGCGACGGCAGCGUCGACCUCUGCAACACGGAAGACGUCAACGCCAAGAUGCGCGCCUGUGGCUGGAACGUCCUCGACAUUCAGGACGGCUGCUACGAUGUCGAGGGUAUCGUCAGGGCACUUCUCCAGGCAAAGGCAAGCGCCGACAGGCCUUCCUUCAUCAACGUCCGCACCGUCAUUGGCGUCGGCAGUAAAGUUGCCGGAGAUGCAAAGGCCCACGGUGCUGCUUUCGGUACCGAAGACGUCAGAAACAUCAAGAAAAACUUUGGCAUGAACCCCGAGGAGCACUUUGUCGUUUCAGACCAGGUCUACGACUUUUUCAAGGACAUCAAGCCUCGUGGUGAGCAGCUCGAGGCGGCAUGGAAGGACCUCGUCUCCGCUUAUGGGAAGGUGUACCCCGACCUUCACACCGACUUCACCAAGAGGGUCGACGGUGAUUUCACACAGGACUGGCGCAGCAUUAUCCCCUCCAAGGACAGCCUCCCUACCACCCCGACGGCAUCGAGGAAGUCUGCCGGUCUUGUUUGCAAUCCUCUGGCUGCCAAGCUUACCAACAUGAUGGUUGGAACGGCUGACCUGUCGCCGUCGGUCAACAUGAUUUGGAAGGACAAGGUCGACUUUCAGCAUCCGGAUCUGAAGACGACGUGCGGAAUCACGGGCAACUACUCCGGCCGCUACAUCCACUGGGGUGUCCGCGAGCACGCCAUGGCGUCCAUCUCUAACGGUCUGGCCGCUUUCGGAAAGGGAACCAUCCUCCCCGUCACGUCAAGCUUCUUCAUGUUCUAUAUUUACGCCGCUCCCGGUGUCCGCAUGGGAGCCCUCCAGCAGCUGCAGGCCAUCCACAUCGCGACGCACGACUCCGUCGGCACAGGAGAAGACGGUCCGACACACCAGCCCAUCGCCCUCGCAUCACUGUACCGUGCGAUGCCCAACCUGCUAUACAUCCGUCCGUGCGAUGGCGAGGAGACGGCUGGAGCCUUCAUCGCGGCCCUAGAGGCACGAAACUCGCCCUCCAUCCUAUCCCUGUCGCGGCAGGACCUGGAGCAGUACCCGCAGUAUUCGCAGCGGGAAGGUGUCCUGAAGGGAGCUUACGUAUUUAUCGAGGAGGAGGACGCCGACGUGACCCUUAUAGGUGUUGGGGCGGAGAUGUGCUUCGCCGUCAAGACGCGCGAGACGCUCCGUCGCAACUACGGUAUCAAGGCUCGUGUCGUAUCUUUCCCAUGCCAGCGCCUGUUUGAGGCACAGCCCAUCGAGUAUAAGAGGCAGGUGCUGAGAUACUGGUCGAAUGCACCCCGCGUCGUCAUCGAGGCGUACGCGGUGCUGGGGUGGGAGCGCUACGCCGACGCGGGUUUCUCCAUGAUGUCCUUUGGCAAGAGUCUCCCCGGAAAGGACGCCUACAAGUUCUUUGGGUUCGACGAAGAGACUAUUGCGCCCAAGGUGCGCGGACUGGUUGACGAGGUCAGGAGGGAUGGAGUGGAGUGUCUACGCGGCGAGUUCCGUGAUCUCAACACGGCAAAGCACUAG